CUAUGUAAGCACAACUAGACUACUUUUCUUUAGGUACAGACGACACUAACUUAAUGGUCCUAGUGUUGUGGUACUAAAAUGGUCAAGGAAUUGGUUAGAAAGCUUUCGAACGCUGUUAUAUACAAUAUAACUAGAGCUUUAUCAGUCAAUGAAGAAGAUAGACAGGACGAAGGAGAGGAAAGCUCUAGACCUGGUUCGGUACAAAUCUCUGCAUUGAACGAAUCGACUAUCCUAAAGAUCUUUCAGUAUUUAUCGAUAUCAGAGCUGAUAAAUACCUCCUUGGUCUGCAAGAGAUGGCAACACUUAUCUUUCGAUGGUUCUCUCUGGAGAAAUGUGGAUCUAAGGCAUUUUGCGCAAACACUACAUGAUGAGCAAGCCCUACGCUUUGUCACCAACGCGUACCUGGUACAGAAAGUGGAAACGUUGGAUUUGAGUGGUUUUAACGUUUCGCACAUGACGUUGAAUUCCUUGGCAAGUAACUGUCCGGACCUUAGGAAACUGGUCCUCAAGUCUGUGACAUUUAGUAUCCAUGAAGAAGAUGCAGAAAAAGAGGUUUUAUUCCCGGCUGAUUUAGAGCACUUGGAUAUUCGAUAUUCCCACGGUGAUGCGGCGGUUUAUCAGGCAAUGGCACGCAGCCUUACCAAGGUAAAAUGGCUGGGUCUUUGCGACGCUUUUGUUCUCGCUGUAACAGCUCAACAAACUUUGCAACAGACAGUUUCCAGCUUGGAAAAACUGGAAAAACUCGAUUUGACUCAUUGUAAUCUAGCGAAAGAUGAAUUCGUGGAAGCUUUUGGUGUUUGCUGUCGACUUAAGGUACUGUCUUUGAGAAAAUGCACACAUAUUGAAGGGGAAUUCCUUCCUAAAAUUAUUCCCCAACUUCCAUGUUUGGAAACUUUGAUUUUGAACAGUACAAGCAUUGAAGAUGAACCCUUGAACGAAGUCGACUGGGUUAACUCAAAGAUCAAAUAUCUAGACAUUGGUUGCUGUCCUUUAAUAUCUUCCAAGGGAUUGGAUAGUUUAUUGCCUAUUGUUGCCCAGAUGCCAUAUUUGGAGUACUUUGGUCUGUGUCGAGUUGGGGAGGGGAGAGCUUUAACUGAUGAUAACCUACAAAGCUUUGCUAAGCAGUUGCAGAUUGGGACAUGCCCAGCGUUGAAAUCUUUGAACUUAAGUCUUUCUAAUAACAUCACCGAUGAAGGCGUAGAAUCGUUCCAGAAAGCGUAUCCCAUAGAGACAUUAGACGUAUCAAACUGCUCUCAGAUUACAGACGAUGACGACGAUGUGUUCGAACUUACAAACGAAAGAAAGCCAAGUGUGACAGACAGUGUUAUCUCUACGAUGAGUGAUGAAGGUCAAAAGUUAACAAGAAAGCGUAGCCGUGGAUCUUUCUCAACUGUUCAGUUUGCUCUGUCAAAUUAUUCUCUUGAAACGCCUUUGUAAAACCCAUAGAAUCACGAGUAAAACCCACACGAAGCCAU